AUGGCGCUGACGGAACCUCCAAAGGCCAUCUUGCAUACGCUACUUAAAGCAGACGGGUCUGCAACAUAUACCGCGCCCAAAAAUGGCUACCAGGUCGUCGCUGGCGUCAACUAUCCCGUCGAAGUGCCAUAUCGAAGUGAUGAAAUCCCGGAGUCGACAUUCAUUGAAGUCAAUCUCAGACCGCAUAAUGGAGUUGGGAUGGUGAAGGAGCGACAUAUGGAGGAGCUCGUUACGCGGACUCUCCAGACCAUUGUUCUAGGCGAUGAGACGCCCCGGACUAUGCUUCAGAUUACCCUUCAAGUGGUGAAUGUCGAGAGCGACGAAAGCCUGCCCGGCGGGGUCAAAGGAGGUGGUCAAGGUGAGACAUAUCUCGACCUUCUCGCCUCAGCAUUGAAUGCCGCUGUUCUCGGUUGUGUCGAUGCUGGCGUGCAAAUGAAGGCAAUUGCCGGAGCGGCACUCGUGGGGAUAUGCCCAGAUGGACGAAUGGUUGUUGGGCCUAGCGUCGUGCAACGAAAGAAAUGCGCAUCCUUGCAUGUGUUUGCCUUCACCAGUGACAGUCAGACAGUGUUGAUGGAAAGCGAAGGCAAAUUCACCAUGGACGAUUGGAAACAAGCCGAACGGGCUGCCAGAUCGGCGGUUCUGGGAAGCGUCAACAAACAAGACAACGGAGAUGUUACCAUGAAUGGAACGAAUAUCACGUCUGGAUCCUCGGGCAACUGCUUGCUUGAUGUGAUCAGACAGGCACUGGAAGCCCGGGUGAUCAAGGGCGGAAACCGGUGA